UCCAGGGCCCUCCAGCACCAGCCUGAAGCAGGCUGUCAUGCUUUGGGCUGGUCCAGAGCAAACCCAACUGUGGUGGAACGAGCAGAGAAGAUCCCCAGAGCAGGGCUGUGACCUCCAUGGCCUCUCUGUGCAGUGCACAGACCAGCAGCCCUCUGUGACCAAGAGGAGGAGAACAAAUCCUCCAGGAUGGGACAAAGCCCCAGUGGAUAAUGCAGCUUCAGGGCCCUCCAACAUCAGCUUCCAGCAGGCUUGUGUGCUCAGGGCAGCUUGGGAGCAAAUCCAACUGAGGCUGAGGGAGCAGAGAAGCUGCCCACAGCUGGGCUACGAUUUCUGCUGCCGGUUCGUGCGUUUUUCAGCCCACCACCGUUCAGUGAGGAAAAGGAGGGUUUGUGUGCCCCAGAGACGCAGGUCAGGGAAGCACUCGAGGCACUCUAGGAGUGCUGGUGGCAGAUGGUGGCGCUGGCUGAAGCAGAAUGGGAAAUUAGCACUGCAUUUUUUGGCAGAGCUGUCCAUGUUUUCUACACCCAUUCCCAAAGAAGAGGGAACAAUUUAGUUUUAUGGCUGAUGAUGCCAACGACUAGUCUAGAAGGUUUUAAUUAGUCUAGUCUAAAAGGCUUAGUAAUUCCCAGGAGGAAGUGAUCACAGAGAAAGGAGACCAGCAAAGGCAGUAGUUAAGUUAGUGGGUGAACGCUGGUCAUUCCUGUGGAAGAGGUGGGAAAACUAGAGAGCUCUGCUGCUGAUGCGGUGACAGCAGCAGCAGCAGGUACAGCAGAGCCUCUUCAGAGAAAGUACCAUGGACUGGAGCACUUCAGAAUGACCUUUGAUGCUCCUGUGAACUGGGGCACUGUCACUGAUCACAAAGAUGGGAGACUGCAGUUCAGCAGCUGGUACAAGCAGUACCUCGACUCUUUUCAAAUGGAAUUUCUCUGCAGUCAUUGCUGAGGGAAUAGCUCCCCCAAAAAGGAUCCUCUUUCCACUGGAGAAGAUUUACAUGGUCUGGCAGCAGCAGCAGAGUGCUGGAGCGGGGCUCUUCAAUGUGGGCAACACGUGCUUUCUCAACGCUGUCCUGCAGUGUUUGACCUACACCCCGCCACUGGCCAACUACCUGCUGUCCCGAGAGCACAGCAAGGCCUGUCAGCAGCAAGGUUUCUGCAUGAUGUGCACCAUGGAAGCACACGUUAACAAGGUCUUGCAUUCCCCUGUCAGUGCCAUCGUGCCUUGGGCUGUCCUCAAGGUUUUUGGACGCAUAGGAGAACAUUUUCAGCUUGGUAUGCAGGAAGAUGCCCAUGACUUCUUGUGCUGUACGGUCAAUGCCAUGCAGAGAGCUUGUCUGAGCGCAAGCAGCGACUUGGACCUCUCUUCUGAAUCCACUACCAUUGUCCAUCAAAUAUUUGGGGGCUUUCUGAGAUCCAGAGUCACCUGCUGCAGCUGCAAAGCCGUUUCUGACUCCUACGAGGCCUUCCUGGAUGUUCCUUUGGAUAUCAAUGCAGCCUCGUCCCUCACUGCAGCUCUGGAAGCCUUUGUGACACCUGAGCAGCUGGAUGGUGAAAACUGCUUUAAAUGCAACAAGUGUACGGAGAAUGUUGCUGCCUCCAAGAGGUUCACAAUCCACUGUGCACCCAAGGUUCUGACCGUGUGUCUGAAACGGUUUGACUGUUUCACCGGCGGGAAGAUCAACAAGGCUGUGGAGUACCCCGAGUUCCUGGAUCUCCGCCCGUACAUGUCCGAGGGCGAUGGAGAGCCCCUCUAUUACUCCCUGUAUGCUGUCCUGGUGCACAGUGGCUACAGCUGCCAUGAAGGACACUAUUUCUGCUACACAAAGGCCAGCAACGGGCUGUGGUACCAGAUGGAUGAUGAGUCUGUGGAGGUUCGUAGCAUUGACACAGCUCUCGGGCAGCAAGCCUACCUGCUGUUUUAUGCCAGAUGCUCUGAUCUGAGGCUUGGAGAAGAGGCUUCUUCCUCGCUGGCACCAUCAUAUGCGCCAUCCGUCCUCAGUCAGUGGGCAGCCUGCAGCAAGCAGGUGGCUUCUGUAGUCCCACAGGUUUUGCCUGACAGGACAAAGGAUAUGGUGCUGAGUGUGGAAGACCCUGGCCAGGAGGAGGCACAGAGCGCAUCCCCACUGUGGAGCAGGGACGGCUACAGCUGUUUUUUGGGCAACGCAGACUGUGAUGAUGCUACAGGGAGGAACACGGGCCCUCCAAGUUGUGGCCAUGAUGCCAAGGAUGAUGCAGCUUCAGGACCUUCCAACAGGAGCUUGGAGUCAGCCUGUGGACCUGGGGAUGCUUGGGAGGAAACCCUGCUGAGGCAGAAAGAGACAAGCAGAUCCGCGUGGAGCGGCUACGACCUCCACAGCAGAAAACAAAUUCUCCCUGUUGUGACCACACCUCCUGUUGACAGUGCAGUUCGCGGGCCCUCCUGCAGCAGCUUGAAGCAGGCUCCCAUGCUUAAGGCUGGUCAAGAGGAAAUCCAACCACGGUGGAGAGAGCAGAGAAGAUCCCCAGAGCAUGGCUGUGACCUCCAGGGCCGCUCUGGGCAGUGCACAGACCAUCCCCGCUCUCUGAGCUAGAGGAGGAGAACAAAUCCUCCAGGAUGUGACAAAGCUCCAGGGGACAGUGCAGCUUCAGGGUUGUAGUUCAUUUAUUUAGUUUGGUUAAGGAUUUGUUGAAGCUUGUUAGGACGUUCUUGUUCCCCCUGUUGAUUGUAUUGGUUAGGCCCCAGUUGUCAGUUAUGUAAACCCCUCCUAUUUUACCUAAAUGUUCCCUGCCAAUCACCUUAGCCGUGCCCCUACCCUCCUAUCCAUCAUAGUAAACCCCAUCCCUUCUUCCAGAGCCUUCUGUAUCAAUCAAUUAUACCUCGAGGCCCCACUGGUUGCUGUAUCUUGCUCCCUCCCUCUGUGAACCCCUAUUAGUCCGGAAGGUGUGAUCCUCUCCCCUUACUCCUCCUCUCAAGAUUCCCCAUUGGUCUAUAGUUUGUACCCUCCCCUGGGGGUCGGGCCAUACUUAACUCCUUGCACAGCAAUGCUCAGGGCUCUCUUAGACCUGGAUCCCUUCCAGCGUGGACGCCUCGUUUCCUCGACCGAAUAAAACCAUUGCUGGGAACUACAA